CUUAAUAGUAUAAAGGUCAGAGUAUGCGAGACAGAAGCCAUUACAAUCUGGGAAUCUCAGACUGCACACAACAACUAAACAAUCCAAGAAAUCAUCAACUUAUUGAAUUGAAAAUUUCGAUCACUCAUAGAAACAGACGUGUUAUUACAAGACAGAAACAUACAAUACAAGAAAUUUUUAACUAAAGUUGAAAGUUUUGAUUCAAAGCAACAUACAUUUUAUUGUAAAAGAAAAGCAGAUAGGAUAUAAUGGCAGGUUCAAUUAAUCAAAAAUUGACAAGAGAGAGGAUACAAUCUUAUGAUCCUUAUUCUACAAGCUCUCACACAACUGGAGAAGCAAGUGGAUUGCAUAUUUUCUCCACAGCCAAACAUAACCAAGUGUUUCACUUCGACACAACAGAACAGUUGCCAUGGGAACAGAGAAAAGACCGAAUGAAUCAGGCAAUCGCAUGGAUAACAUCUGAAGUGGCGUUCAUGAAAGUCCAAGACAAAAUGCUGACAAAUCAGUUUACAAGAUGCCGGAAGGUGAUUGGUCAAUUGAAACUCAGGACAUUACGCAAACAGCAAAAAUGGCGUAAAUGGUCGGUUGCGAGUAGUGACAGCAUCUUGCAGGAUGGACUAUGGGAAGACUGGGAAAUUGAAGAAUACGAUGCCAGUGAAAGCAGUGGAGACAGCGGAGAUAGUGGGGACAGCGACACAGAAAACUUCAGACCAACUGCAGCAGAGAUAAAAACCAAACGUUCAAAAAGUUGCGAUGAUAUUCUCAACAAUUCUGAAGAAAUUCACGACCGUAUCAAAAUCACCAGAGAGAAGUUUCUCUCAACUCAUGAAAACACUAUUGAAAGUGAUAAGGAGGAUGACAUAUUUGAGAAUCAAUAUGUUGACUGUUCAAACAAUACACAUCAAAUAAAUGGAAUUAUUUCAACAAAUAUUUCUGCCAGUGUAAAAGCAAACACCUAUGAUGGUGACAGUACAAACAUUGAUACCAAUGCAAUCACCUUAGAGAAAACUGUAAACAAAAACAAUGAUGUCUAUGAGAAUUUAAAUAAGAUCAUAACAUCUGAACUAGAUCCUAUAUACAGUGAUGAUCACUUCGAAACUGAUGAUACAACUUCCGAUGGCAGCGAUGGACCUCUUUCCAGUACACUUGAUGACAUCAUAAUCGAAUUUGACGAUGAUGCAACAAGCGUGGAAUCAUCUUCAAUAGAAAGCCUUGUCAACAAAAGCAUGCAGUAUGUCACAGUUGAUGAAGACGGUUAUAUCUCAUUUGAUAUGUCCCUUGAUGGUGAAUCAAGUGACAAUGAUAGUGUUGAAUGGCGCAUCAAUGGAAAGGACAAUGAACGAAACAAAAAUGACACAACUGGUGAUGAUACUGAAUGCAACCAUAUCAACUCAACAGAUGCUCCAAAUGAUAACAAUAAUGACUCUGAUGAUGAUGAAACCCCCAACUCUCAAC